GGGCGGGGCCACAUCUAAAUGACGGCGAGCUGUUGCAAUGAGAAAGCCUCUUUGUGCAUGUCAGCGUAUAUAAGACAUUUUUGCGGCACUUUCUUUCUUUGGAAUAAUGUCGGCUGAAUAUGAAAAUAGUGGCCCUGAGGGCAUGGAGCCAGAUGGGAUCAUUGAGAGUAACUGGGACCAGAUCGUGGACAGUUUUGAUGAGAUGAACCUGCGCGAAGCUCUGCUCAGGGGAAUUUACGCCUAUGGUUUUGAGAAGCCUUCCGCUAUCCAGCAAAGGGCAAUUAUCCCUUGUAUCAAGGGUUUCGAUGUGAUCGCUCAGGCCCAGUCUGGAACUGGGAAGACUGCCACCUUUGCUAUUUCCAUCCUCCAGCAAAUUGAUGUGGAGCUGAAAGGCACCCAGGCUCUGGUCCUGGCUCCCACCAGGGAGCUGGCUCAGCAGAUCCAGAAGGUGGUGCUGGCUCUGGGUGACUACAUGGGAGCCAGCUGCUACGCCUGCAUCGGAGGGACCAACAUCCGCAACGAGGUCCAGAAGCUGCAGGCCGAAGCCCCCAACAUAGUGGUGGGAACCCCCGGACGUGUCUUUGACAUGUUGAGUCGCAAGAACCUGUCCUCUAAGUACAUCAAAAUGUUUGUGCUGGACGAGGCCGAUGAGAUGCUCAGUCGAGGAUUCAAGGACCAGAUCUACGAGAUCUUCCAGAAACUGGCCAGCAGCACACAGGUUGUCCUUCUGUCGGCCACUAUGCCGGCCGACGUGCUGGAGGUCACAAAGAAGUUCAUGCGUGAACCGAUCCGAAUCCUGGUCAAGAAGGAGGAGCUGACCCUGGAGGGUAUUCGCCAGUUCUACAUCAACGUGGAGAAAGAGGAGUGGAAGCUGGACACGCUGUGUGAUCUGUACGAGACGCUGACCAUCACACAAGCGGUCAUCUUCAUCAACACAAGGAGGAAAGUGGACUGGCUCACUGAGAAGAUGCACGCCAGGGACUUCACAGUUUCUGCUCUGCACGGAGACAUGGACCAGAAAGAGAGAGACUUGAUCAUGAGGGAGUUCCGCUCCGGCUCCAGUCGAGUCCUCAUCACCACUGACCUGCUGGCCAGAGGAAUCGACGUGCAGCAGGUGUCUCUAGUCAUCAACUACGACCUGCCGACCAACAGGGAAAACUACAUCCACAGGAUUGGUCGGGGCGGUCGCUUCGGCAGGAAAGGAGUCGCCAUCAACAUGGUGACCGAGGACGACAAGCGAACCCUGAGGGACAUUGAGACAUUCUACAACACCACGGUGGAGGAGAUGCCCAUGAACGUGGCCGACCUCAUCUAGACGCCGACGACGACUCCAGACGCCCUCCGUUCUCCCCCGACCUGCUCAUUUUUACAAGUCAAAAUCUCCAAUUCUAAACAUUUUUUUUGUUUAAAAAAAAAGAAAAAAAUCCACCGUGACUUUACCCCCCCCCCUCCUUCAUCUCUACAUCCAAAACUUUUGGUUUUUUUUUUUUUUUUUUUUUUUCUCGUCCAUGUUGGAAGGGUAACCUGCUUAAAAAAAAAAAAAAAAAAACGGCUUCAUCUGUGUAUCAUAUCGUUUGUUCAUAUCGGAAAACAACAAAAAAAAAAAGUAAUACUCCCAGCUGUUAAUCUAUCUUAUCUCUCUUUCUCUUUUCCUCCAAAAACCACCGUCCGCAUUUCCCCAAAAAAAAAAAUUUCAAAAUAAAAGCCUUGUAGCGCUUGAGAAGGCCGGGGAGCUUUUAUUUUUUUUUUUUUUUUGUGAAAUGCGGCCGGUGGGUUUUUCGCUGGACGACGCUGCUGCUGCUGGUUAAACUGAAGUGCUUUUUGGACUGCAAGUUUGGGUUUUGGACUUGUUGACGCCGCGAGGCUCCGAAUGGAAAAACGCGGGGGGGGGAAAAAAGUGCUGCAUUUGACCAGAUCAGUAUUAAAAAAAUAAUAAUAAGUCUUCGGUGUAUUUAAACGGCUUUUCCACAUCCAUCUCUGAUCAUGUUUAAAAAAAAAGUUAAAAAAAAAAACGUAAAAAAGAAAAGGAAAAAAUAGCAGUUUUUCGGGGUCUCGCGUACACGGGGGCAUAUUCAAUAAAAAGACCUGUAUAGUAAAAUCCGUCAUGAAUGAGUGGUUUUACCAUUUUGAUCUGAUGUUUUUCUAUAUGAUUUUUUUUUUUUUUUUUUUUUACGGCUUCGUUCAGUUGACGACUGCUUCACCCACAGGUGUUUGGAGUCAGACGUAACGGUAAGUUUUUAAAAGGAGCCUUUUUGUUUUUUUUUUUGUUUGUUUCCUGGCCCAGACAUCCUGGUGUAACUUCUCCAUCUCGAGGUCUUCAAGCGUUAUCGCUCAUUUAAGGGUUUAUUCUUAUUUUUAUUUUAUUUUUUAUUUUUAGAGGAAGGAAUCGGAGCGGCUUUGUAUCCCACUUCUCCUAAAGUUUUCUCGAGGUUGGCGUUUUGACUUUUGAAAGGACCAAACUACAUGAUUAGUGCUCACCUUUCCCUCCCCCCUCCCUCCCCCCUCCCCUCAUUAAAAUGCCUGUCAUCACACGGGGGGGGGGGUCUAUGCUACCAGUGCUAUUUUUUAAGUGAAUUUAUGGAUUGUUAAUCUUUUUCUGAGACAGAAACCGUGUAUCAAGUUUUCUACAUUGGAUUCUGUAUAGUAUUUAUUUUAAUGGUCUUUUAAAAACGACAAAAAAAAAAAUAAAAAUAAAAUAAAAGUUUCUCCUUUGUAACAGUUUAAGCUGGCCUCUGCAUUGUUGGGUAGCGUGGAAGCUUGUUUUUGGCCCAGAACCAUGUGUGGACGGUGCUUUUGUUUAGUUUUAGAUUCACCGCGUCGCUUUUAGAUGUCGAUGGGAUUUUGUUUGAGGCCUCACGUUGCCUUUUAUUAUUUUUAUUUUUUCUUUUUCUUUCUUUCUUCAUGUUUUCCCUUCUGCAGCUCGCCGCUUCAUCGGAAACAUUUCAUCAUGUCAUAACUAAAUAUUUAUCGUCUCCAUACUGGGUGUCUCUCUCUCUACGUCGAGGCCAGGUCACAUGUCAACAAUCUGGUCUUGAUCACACAUUAAAAAAAAUAAAUAAAAUAAUAAAAAUUAUUUACAACCUAA